CCUCAGUUGCGCACAAAACGUCCGCGAGUCGAGCUUCCCCAUCACCAACCUCCCUCCCCAUUCCAUCUGCGGUAGUCGUAGACCCCGACCGCCUGCUUCAAUCCGCUUUGUUCGCUCUUUUGCCCUUUUCCCUGUUUCUUAUCCUCGCGAAGAACCGGCAAGAUGAGCGGCUUGCGGUUCCUCGACCUUAUCAAGCCAUUCGUGCCUCUGCUCCCAGAGGUCGCGGCGCCUGAGACGUCCAAAACUCCCUUCAACCAGCGGUUGAUGUGGACUGGCGUCACUCUCCUGAUCUUCUUGGUCAUGUCGCAGAUGCCUUUGUACGGCAUUGUGUCGUCCGACACCUCGGAUCCGCUCUAUUGGCUCCGUAUGAUGUUGGCCUCCAAUCGCGGAACCCUCAUGGAAUUGGGUAUUACGCCCAUCAUUUCGUCCGGCAUGGUCUUCCAGCUUCUCGCUGGUACCCACCUGAUUGACGUCAACCUUGACCUGAAGACCGAUCGCGAGCUUUACCAGACCGCUCAGAAGCUUUUGGCCAUCGUCCUCUCCUUCGGCCAGGCCUGCGUUUACGUCCUGACUGGUCUCUACGGCCAGCCCUCCGACCUCGGCGCUGGUGUCUGCGUGCUUCUCGUUGUUCAGCUUGUUGUCGCUGGUCUCAUCGUCAUUCUGCUCGAUGAGCUGCUCCAGAAGGGCUAUGGUCUGGGCUCCGGUAUUUCGCUGUUCAUUGCGACCAACAUCUGCGAGUCCAUCAUCUGGAAGGCUUUCUCCCCCACCACCAUCAACACUGGUCGUGGCCCGGAGUUCGAGGGUGCUGUCAUCGCGCUCUUCCACCUUCUCAUUACUUGGCCCAACAAGCAGCUGGCUCUCCGCGAGGCUUUCUACCGCCAGAACCUUCCCAACGUCAUGAACCUCAUGGCCACCGUCCUCGUUUUCGCUGCGGUCAUCUACCUCCAGGGCUUCCGUGUUGAGAUUCCCGUCAAGUCUUCUCGCCAGAGGGGCAUGCGCGGCUCUUACCCCGUCCGCCUUUUCUACACUUCCAACAUGCCCAUUAUGCUCCAGUCCGCUCUGAGCUCCAACAUUUUCCUCAUCUCCCAGAUGCUCUACUCCCGUUUCAGCGACAACCUCCUCGUCCGUCUUCUCGGUGUCUGGGAGCCCCGCGAGGGCUCUGCCCAGCUCUACGCCGCCUCCGGCAUUGCCUACUACAUGUCCCCUCCCCUCAACUUCGCCGAGGCUCUCCUUGACCCCAUCCACACGGUCGUCUACAUCAGCUACAUGCUCAUUGCCUGCGCCGUCUUCUCCAAGACGUGGAUUGAAGUCUCCGGCUCGUCUCCUCGUGACGUUGCCAAGCAGCUUAAGGAGCAGGGUCUCGUCAUGGCUGGUCACCGUGAGCAGUCUAUGUACAAGGAGCUCAAGCGCGUCAUUCCUACUGCUGCCGCUUUCGGUGGUGCCUGCAUUGGCGCGCUCUCGGUUGCCUCUGACCUGCUCGGCGCUCUCGGUUCCGGCACCGGUAUUUUGCUCGCUGUCACUAUCAUCUACAGCUACUUCGAGAUUGCCGCCAAGGAGGGCGACACUGCUGGCUUGAAGGGCAUGAUGCUCGGUUAAGCACUUUGCAUCGUCUCCGGGAGGUGUCUCGGAUGGGGAGGAUUCUUCAUGUAGGACAAGCGUUGCACGCUUGUUGCUGUACUUUAUUUCAAAAUGAUUAAAUGCGAGUUUUGGGGAUGAUCGAGGAGCUUUAGCAGAGCGGUGGAUGUAAAAAUGUUCUCUGGUAAUUGUGCUUGAAGCAUAGUAUUGGAGUCGAGUUGUAAAUGCGAAUUACGAUGACUGUCUGC